AUGGCCUGGCAGUUCAGUGGGCUGGGUGACCUUGUUGAGGCCUUCUCCUUGUCACAAGAUAACGGCACCAUUGAUCCCCGCUCAAAGUUAGAAGUGACACUGAAUUUCAAGGCCAGGCAGAUUGGCAGCAUUGAGAAGACCCUCCGACUAGAGGUUUCAGAUACAGAAAACAUCCUGGGGAUUGCUCAAGCUGUAAACAUCAAAAUCUCUGCAGAGGUCUGUGAUGUUUCUCUGAGCAUCGACAUGCCUGAAGGUCCAGAUGGAAGCUUGGAAUUUGGAACUAUUAAUGUCCUGGAUAAUGUGAGCAAAGUCCUGACUCUAAAGAACAAAGGGAUACACAACAUUGAGUACCGUUUCAUACUGAAGGGUGCAGGUCCCAGGAUGCGAGAUUUGGCAUCCCAGUUCACUGUUGAGCCUGAGUCAGGCAUGCUGAUUGCCUCCCAGCCUGGUGAAAAUGUGGAGAUGCUCUUCCACCCCACAAGGGAGAUGCUCCUCAAGAACAAACCCAUCCUGUACUGCCAGGUGAUGGAUGCCAGCUCAGGGGAAGGAGGCCAGACUGUCACCACCAUCCCAGUGAGGGUGUCGGCGACAGCUGUGUACAGCAAGUUCAGUAUUGAGCCUGCCUCUCCCAUCGACUUUGGGGCCAUGGUCAAGGGCACCAAGAAGACCCAGACUGUCGUGCUGGAGAACAAAGGCAUGCUCAGCUUCCAAUUCCACAUCUACCAAGCACCCGAGGAUGAAUCUCCAUUGGAAAUCAAAAGUUCAGAGCAAGAGGAAUCCUCUCCAUUGGCUACAAAGCUGAAAUCAAGCUCCACACAGGAUCACCUCACUCUUGGCAUGUUCACGGUGUCCCCCUGCUCCGGCUCCGUCGCUGCGUGGGACCAGCAGGACAUCACCGUGGAUUGCCUGGCAGGGGAGGAGGGGACAUGUGAGGAGCAGCUCUACAUUGACAUCACGGGCAGAGACCCCAAGGACAAUCCCCUGGGCAUUCCCUUCACCCUGAUUGCAGAGUCCUGCCUCCCAGCAAUUGUUGAGGAUGUCACAUUAGCCUUCGAGGAGUACCCGAUCUGCAGCACCACCAACUUCAGCUGCAAGCUGUGGUUAAAGAAAAGUGUGGGCUUCUUUGUCAGAGAUGAGAACAAAUUCAUCUUCACCAAAGUUCAGGUUGGGCAAGAGGCUGAAGCUCAUAUCAGUAUCUACAAUUCAAGUGGUGUGCCAUGUGAUGCGUUCCUCUCCAUCAAACCCCGGCCUGGAAGGGUACAAAGCCCUAUCAACGACAUCUUCAAGGUGUUUCCAGCCAAAAUGUUCAUUCCCAGCUCAUCCAAUGGCAUUGCUACGGUGACCUUCACCCCACCAGAUGAGCAGAACUACAACUGCAUUUUCACCGCUUUCCUUCUCAUGCCAGAAAGCUCUGUGAAAAUUAAAUCCCAAACGCUGAUCUUCGCCAUCAGUGGGAAGGGGUAUGAGCCACAAGUGACAGUCGUGUGCCCAGGUGCUCGCAGCAAGAGGGGAAAUGCUGUGCUGCGCUUCAAGAGGCUCCAGGUGGGGGAUUCAGAGAUGCUUCCCCUGGUCAUGUGUAACAAAGGCGCCAUACCUGUCAAGUUUAUGUUACAGCUGGAGGAUGAGCAUGGAGUGUUCUUCUUGAAAGGCAGGCACUCCACACUCAAGAAAUUCAACACUGAAGAUGUGGAAGAGGACUUGGUUGGAAAUGAGAGCAAGCCCCCAAAGAAGCCUUUCCUGCUUCUGCAUCACGGGCAAUCGACAAAGUUUGAUGUCAUUUUCAAACCCACCCUGGCUCAACGUCUGGAAGGGAAGAUUCGUGUCUUAGUGGGGCACAUCUACUCCAACAAGACUUUAAUAGAGCUGGUGGGUGAAGGCCACAAGGAUGAAUUCACCCUUGAUGGACUAGAGGAAGACAUGGAGGAGAGGAAUGCUAAGAGCAGUCUGAAGAAAGACAUCAUUGAUGCUGUCAGAGUGAAUCACAUCCAGUUUGGGGACUGUCCUGUUGGGAAGCCCUGCCACAGGACCUUCAGCAUCACCAACCGUAGCAGUAUGACGAUCAUGCGCUUUGAGUGGGAGGCAGACGCCACAUUCCACUUCUCCCCCACGACGGGAUACCUCCUUCCUGGCUGUGCCAAGCACAUCACAGUGACCUUGAAAGCAGAUGUCCCAGCUGUCUUCAGGAGGCACCUUGUGAAAUGUAACGUGACCAAGGUCAACGUUGUACGGCCACGAAGGAAGGUUCAAGACUGGAACGACCAAAUGUCCAUUGUCACAUGGAAGGGUACCUCCAGCUGGCCUGAGAAAGAGAAGGUGGUCGAGACAGCCCCAGAACCGGCUCACACUGUGAAGGAGGAGAGCAUCCAGGAGGCCGAGGUGUACCUCAGUGCCUCUGUUGCCUACACCGAGUCCAAUCUGAACACAAUCGUGGUUCAGCUCAAGGACACCGUGCCCAACCAGACCAGGACAGCCACUUUCAGGAUGCACAACAGAGGGAAUGUAGCCCUGGAAUACACCUGGGUGGAAGCUGCAGACAGUGAAGCAGUGAAGAGGCUACACUCAACCACUCCGAUGCGCCAGUUCCCCUCCUCCGCUUCUCUGAGCCAUUACAGAAAGCUGCUGCAUCCUUUCUGGUGGCAGCAGGAGCAUCCUUUUGAGACACAUGCUUCUGAGCUGUGGCAGCUUGCCGAGCAGCAGCAGGAUUCUGAGCAGCAGCAGCAGCUUCAGCAGCAGCAGCAGCUUCAGCAGCAGCAGCCUGAGAAGCAGCUUCAGCAGCAGCUUCAGCAGCAGCAGCCUGAGCAGCAGCAGCAGCAGCUUCAGCAGCAGCUUCAGCAGCAGCUUCAGCAGCAGCAGCAUCAGCAGCAGCAGCAGCAGCAGCUUCAGCAGCAGCUUCAGCAGCAGCAGCAGCAGCAGCCUGAGCAGCAGCAGCUUGAGCAGCAGCAGCCUGAGCAGCAGCAGCAGCAGCUUCAGCAGCAGCUUCAGCAACAGCUUCAGCAGCAGCAGCAUCUUCAGCAGCAGCAGCAGCAGCAGCAGCUUCAGCAGCAGCUUCAGCAGCAGCUUCAGCAGCAGCAGAAUCUUCAGCAGCAGCAGCAGCUUCAGCAGCAGCCUGAGCAGCAGCAGCUUGAGCAGCAGCAGCAGCUUCAGCAACAGCAGCUUCAGCAGCUUCAGCAGCAGCAGCUUCAGCAGCAGCAGCAGCAGCAGCAGAAGCAGCAGCAGCAGCACAAGCAGCAGCAGCCUGAGCAGCAGCAGCCUGAGCAGCACGAGCAGCAGCAGCAGCAGCACAAGCAGCAGCCUGAGCAGCAGCAGCAGCAGCAGCACGAGCAGCAGCCUGAGCAGCAGCAGCAGCUUGAGCAGCAGCAGCCUGAGCAGCAGGACCACUCCAAGGAGCUACACCACUCAGAGCAAUUGCACCUCUCCCUAGAGCCUGUCAAUUGCUCCCUGGAAAUCUGCCCAGACUUCGUCCAAGACCUGCCACUGUUCUUCAUCAACCCCUACCACGGCAUCAUCGCUCCUGGCCAGAAGCAGAUCUUUCAUGUGCUCUUCUCCCCGAAGUGCGCGGGGACGUUUAGGACCACCAUGCUGUUCAGGACUUCUGACCUGAAGCCAGCUCAGAAGGCAGAGGUGAUUGUGAAGGGCACAGCCCCCGAGCCACAGUGCCUUGACAAACCGAAACGCUCUGCGUUACGGCAGACGGGGAAAGGCCAGGGACCCAAGAAACGGGUGCACUGGAAACCAGCACUGCUUGAGCAUUUGUGUUAGCUGGAGCAUCCGGCAGGAGCGGCAACAUCGUGUCUUCUGCUGCUGAUGCUCUCCCACCCUUCACCAGACACCUCUGCAGCUACCCUUCCAAACUCCAGUGAACACCUUCAUCUUAUCUUUAAUUACCCGAGCUAGUUACCUAAUUCUAAUUAAAUGUUAAUAAAACCAUUGGCAAUAAACUGUU